AUGAAACAGACCUUAAAACGUAACUCUUUUUUCUUUAAUUUCCUUUUGGCAGAGAAAGCGCUUUAUUUCUUAUACAAUGUCGAAACUAACCUUCAGGUAGAUUUACGGAAGAGCAGGAAGUAUGACUUUUUGGGUGGGUAUUUCAAGGCUCAAACGAAUGAAAGAUGGCAUAGUUUAUUAGAGGUAAGAAUUCUUAUCUCGUAAUAAAUCAAUAAAUAUUAGAAAUUUCACUUCAUAGAUAUAAGCCCUUAUACAUGUCAAAUUUGGGACAUUUGUUUUAAGACCAAACACCACAUGUAUAUCGGGUAAAGUUAUAUACAGAAAAUGCAGUUUGCCUAGUCCACGUUCUACCGGCUUUCCUCUAUAUAUUUAUGGCAACUCGAAAUUUUCCCAUCAUAAGGUUAGUUAUUUAGCAAUUAUUGCUUAGAAGCGGCUAGGGAGAAGUCUACAAAUUUUGUCAAUGCUGUUAUAGCUUGGCUUGUAUUUUCUAUUUAUUCUUCAUGGGUGACGAAUUGUGAACCAGGGCUACCAGGUUAAGGCUUGUUUUCACUUUACGAGACAGAAAAUGGAAAAAAACCAGACGAGUAAAUAAAGGUAAAGACUAAAGACGAUAGUUGACGAUGGUGCUUGUGGUGUUUUUGACUGAAUGACGAUGACCAUAGCUGCUGCUGCUGCUGCAGAUGAUGGAGAUGAUGACAAUGUUGAUGACGAUGUUGUUGAUGAUGGCGAUGAUGACGAUGUUGAUGACACUGACGAUGACGAUUUUGAUGAUGAUGAUGAUGAUGAUGACGAUGGCGAUGACGAUGUUGAUGACGAUGAUGAUGUUGCUGUUGAUGAUGAUGAUGAUGGUGAAAGUAAUGGUGGUCAUAUAAAUAAAGUAUCUGAAACUCUGAUAGAAGUACGCACCUCUUGAAAGAUUCACAAAAAUUACCCGCGUGGAGAAAUUUGGGCGUUUCCUUGGUGUUGCUGGUUAGCUAUUGUGUUGUGGUGUAGUUGCGCUCCGAUUAGUUGUUUACUUCUCCCGCAAAUUAAGCUUGGUCUCAGCAAAGCAAAGUGUGCAAUUUGAAACCGUGGCAGAGUGAGGAAAAAUCUUGCAUUUGCCCAGAAUGAAAAGGCGAUGAUUUUAUAUCUUUUUUAUGCAUAGCUUCCGUUAUAGCGAAUAUUUACAAUUACGUUGCUGAUAGAUUUUCCUUACGUGUCAAAUUCUUUCUCAAGGAGAUUAUAAACAAGGGUAUAUUAAAUAGGGGUUAGUGCCAAAUUAUUGUUUAAAAAUAUUCCGUGGCUUAUUGGCAGAUGUUCUUCACUGAAACAUGACAGUAAUUCAAGAAAUUCUUGGUCAUUAGUUUCAGAUUGAAAAACGUGUUGCCCGUCACAUCUUCAUAGAAGCGUAUUAACAGGGAGAAGAUAACUUCAGUCAGCCAACAACAUUUUUACAUCCUGUGAGAUACUUCCUUCUUGACUGUAAGUGAAAUUUCGGCUUUUUAUGUUACAACAUCAUUAAAUCCCAACUUAUCAAUUUAGUUCAUCAGUUAUUUUCAUGAUUUUAUUGUUUACCACCAGUUGAAUGAUGUUUGCGAUGAAGAUUUUACGGUUGUGAAUCUGAUGUAGACUCCAUCUAUCCUGCGGACAUUAUGAAUGAUUUUUAAAAGUUAUAACUGUCAAGUUAAGAAAUGAUUACAGCUUCGUCUUCAUUCUUCGUAAAGUAAAUCAUCGAAAAAUGCAGACUUGUUUGCAGUAAACAAGGUAGAUUAUUUUAAAAGGCGUUACCAAAGUGUAUAGUUUCUGCGAAAUAUUUAGAAUAUCUGCCUGCCGACCUUCUUUUAGUAUUCCUUCGGACAACAGAUUUAUCACUAAACCAAGUUUAAAAUCCCCUUGCACACGAGGGAAAAAUAAAAAAUAAAAUAAAAUAAUUAUCACAGUCAAGGUUUUACUAUGUGUUUCCGAGGUUACGUGACUUUUCCUUUGUUUAUCAGCAGACGACAGUGGAAUUGUGCCUAUAACUGAUGACCCUUUGAAAAUAAAGGACAAACGGUGAGUUGUUUAAUUGCGGUAAAUAUACAUUAUACAUUUUGCCCUGUGGCAAAACGACGAUAGCUACAUUUCAUUCACUGUAAUAUUGGCGAGUAGUGAGAAGGUGGUAGAGCGCUCAACUGGUGCCAACAUCCUAGUGAAAGCCUUUAGGUAAGAACAAACACUUGAUCGGAGCUACUUGUUUAUUUUAUGAGGAUUGUAUAGACUGUAGAUGAAUAGCCUGCACAUAAAUGGUUAUCACCAGAUUUUAUUAAGAUCAAAGUACGUUUCCAGAAACCGGUAUACUGAAAGUUAAUCUCAGUCUAAAACCGUGUCGUCGUUUAAAAAUUCACAAAUGGAAGGUUUGACUUUACUUUUUGAAGAGCUUUAAAAAAUGCGCGAUUGUCUUUGGGUACCAAAAAUGUUAUAACGAUAAGAUCUAGAGAUUAAGACUCGGUAUAAGCCAUGAUAUCGGCUUAACGAAAUCCUUCUGGAGAUUACAUCGAAGAAGAUAUAGGACGUUAUUUUGACUAUUUUGAGCGCAGUGUGCUUAAUUACGUUAGAAUUCUCGUUGCUUCGUAUCCGAUUAGCGAAUCUACGAUAAUGAUUAUACUUACAUUUAAUUAGCGAAUUAUAGGAUGUUCGUGGUCUCUAACUAUUACUUUUCGUCUCUUCAGUUGUUUUUGAAUAGGCGGAAAAGGAUUAUUAUGAGUGAAUUGCAACACAAUAUAUAGAACGGCCUAUUUCUUAGUCACCUCUUCUGGUCAUCAAUUGGUUUUUUUUUCUUGAGAAGAGCAAGGUUACAAUCGUUUAAUUACAUUUCAAAACGAUCAUGUGUCUCGGCGUAGUUUUCGAACUUCUAUAUGGGGUAUGUAGCGAAUGACUCUUAGGUGAUGGACUAACAUCAACAGCUGUUGGCCAAGUAUUUUCAUCUCUCGCAAAUCGAAGGAAAGCAAUAGAAGUUAUGGAAUCUAUUCCAUAAAGCAACAAAACUGGUAUUAUUCAGCACUGACAUAUUUGACUGGAUUCACCAGGUAUUCAAACAGAACGUUUCAUAAAUUCAUUUCCAUGUAACAGUUCGUUUUGUCCAGUUCAUUUGUCAGGAGCCUUAUUGAAAGGCCGCCCCUGGUUCAGCUGGCAUAAGAGCUAUCUACCGGUAUCGCAAACUUCAUGGGUUCGAACCGCAUUGAAGCCGGCCAGAUGGAAAACCUGGACUGGACUCUGGACUGGACUCUGGACUGGACUCUGGACUGGACUCUGGACUGGACUAGACUGGUUUUUUAAGGGGUGUAUUUUUUUUUCUAGCCUCCUCUCUGCCUUGCAUGGCUAUUCAGUGCGGUAGUUUGAAUAUGUAUAUUUCACCGAUUCUUGUUUUUUAAGCUAUUCCACUGUAUGCGACCGAAUUGUCCUGCUUUCAAUGCCCGGGGGGGGGGGGUACUCCCAUGCAUUACCUAUAAGGGUAUGUGCCGCCCAAAGGGGUCGUCAUUUUCAAGCUCCUGAUUUAGAACGGGGUAUCCAUUUCAGACGCGUUUUCUAGAACGGGGUAUAAUAUUUCGAACGCACGAAAGCUCGAUCCACCUUUGUAAGCAGCCAUUUGAAAGUAUUCAAGGACAUCAAACCGUUGUACUCUUGUCAGCGAACGUUUUGUUUGAGGAAUCCAUAUUUUCGAAAGAAGUUGCAAUGGAAAGCGCAUGCAAAUAAUUAUGCUGUUUCACAAUGAAAGGAGUUUUGAUAACCGACACCGGAAAUCGCGUCCAGGUAGCGGCCAAUCACUUGGUGUGUAAUGGAAUAUGUAUGUCAAACUAAAGACUCGCUUAAAGUUUACAUGACAAUUUUUAAAACCCAUGUUGUGAAAACCACAGUGAAAAUCACAGUGAAAACCAGCAAUCAUUGCGAAGAUAAACAUACGAAUUGUCGGAUCUGGGCAGCCUGAUUUGUCGACAUUAUUUUCCCAUCGUGUAGUCUCGUCACGCAACGCUCCUCCCCACUAGGAGACAUCGUGGGGAAAAAACAAAGGUCAACAAAGUUAGGCGAUAAUGAGAAAUGACAGGAAUGUGACCUACGUGUAGCCACCCACAUAACAUUGUCGAAAGAAAACGAUUUUCGCAAACAAAUAAAGAAACCAAAAAAAAGUAAAAAAAAUCGAGUCCAAAGUCCAGUCCAAAGUGCAGUCCAAAGUCCAGUCCAGAGUCCAGUCCAUGUUUUCCAACUGCCCCAUUGAAGCCUGAUUAUAGUCGUUGUUUGUAUUAUAUAUGUUUUGUUUGUUUGUUUGUUUGUUUCAGGUUUUCUUUUCGCACCUGCUUAAACUGUGAUUAUCUCAUGUGUUUCAUCUUUCUACAUCUCCUGCAGUUCAAAUUAAUGAGAUCUUUAAAUUCAUACCCUUUACUACAGUUCGUGCUACAAAAACAUGAAAAUCCGGGGGUGUUGCCAGCCUAUAGACCUAUAGGCCCGGGCCUACAAAUUUUUGGUUUGAUCACUCUACCGCUUGUAAUAAAUUACGCGUUAUUGGGGUGAGCUAAAAAGCUUAAGAGCUCAAAAUGUUGGUGAGGUCGGUGCGUAUUAGUCAUGGGUGCAAAAAUCAGGAAAUGUGGAAAUGAAAGUCAGCCAUACCGAUGAAAUCUCAAGUGAUUCCAUAAGUCCAACAGCGCACAGCGACGCCGAUGAUACCGGUGAUUUGGCAUUCAAUCCAAGCGAUGAUUCCGAUCAAGACGCCGCCAUUGCAGCAAUGGAAGCGUGCCUCCGUGACAUCCGUAGCUGCACUAUGAUCAAUGAUUCCAAGACUGAGUUUAUGCUCACUGGGACGAAGGUGCAGCUACAGAAAAUUAAAAGCGCUACUCUAACUAUUGGCGAAUCCAUCAUCUCUCCCAGCACGGAAUCCCUUAGAAACUUAGGGGCCUGGUUUGACUGCCAUUUCAACCUGAACUUUAACAUAACCAAAACUUGUAGGAGUGCUUUUUUUCAUCUAAACAAUAUUAGACGCGUCAGAAAAUAUCUAAGCAUAGAAACUACCGAGAAAUUGGUCCACGCUUUCAUCAAAAGCAGAUUGGACUAUUGUAACGCACUUUUAUACGGACUACCCUACUGCGCCCUCACUGAACUGCAACGUGUUCAAAACGCAGCUGCAAGAGUUCUAUAUCUAUAGCAUCAGGGUAUUGCCAUAUCACACCAAUAUUAUACGAAUUACACUGGCUGCCUGUAAUGUUUAGAGUAGAAUUUAAGAUUAUUAUAAUCACUUACAAAGCAAUCCAUGGAACAGCUCCUAAUUAUUUAUCAUCUCUCGUUAACUUUAAACCUAAUUAACCUAAUUCUUCCUACAGCCUCAGAUCAAAUAACAAAUAUCUACUUUCAAAUCCAAACUUCAGGACUCUCCCUACUCUUAGUGACCGAGCCUUUGUAGCCGCCGCACCAAAACUGUGGAAUAAUCUUCCGUUAGAUCUUAGAUGCACCUCCGUUUUUAAAUGUAAUUUGAAGACUCACCUUUUUAAAAAAAGCCUUUUCUGAUAUAAUGUUGUAAUCUAUAGACUAGAUAAUUAUUCAUUCUUGUAAUUUUUAAUUGUCAGGCGCAUUUGAAAACUGUAUAGUUGAUUUUGCGCGGUAUAAAUAAAUGAUAUUAUUAGUCCAACAACUGGCACGCACGGCAAUGCUGUGCAUGUUCACACUGGAACAGCGCUUUGAGGUCCUUUUUAAUUACUUUUCAAUUAUUGAAUGAUGCUUACUAAGAUUUGAAAUAUCAUUCAAAUCGAGGAGGGUCAGUGUAUCAGUGACAACCUCCCAGUUCUUCAGAACUUUUUAGAUAAUAUAUAUUAAUUGUUUUAUUGUUCAUUCAAAACACGCCAUACUUUAAUACAUGCUUACCUCGAUCGAUGUUAAGUUCCCCUCUUAUUUUGCCUGUUUCUCCGCCCCCCCCCAACUUCAUUCCCUUUUUUGAUUAUCUGUUAUUGGAAAAGUUGGAACGAACAAAUACUUAAUAGGAUCAUGCGUAACAAACGUUUUAACUUAUUUUUCACCAAAAUAAGCAUUUUUUUACAAAACGUGAAAAAAUUUCCGCCAUUUUAUCCGGCUCUACCGAACCUCAUAUAACCACAAGACCUCUCAUGAUACGGCCACCAAAAUUGCCACGAAUAAUGUAUUCAUUAUUUCCAACAACUAGGCAUAACUUGAUUGAUACAAUGACGCAAUUUGAUGUCAUUUUGACGUCAUAUUGUUGAAUUGCAAAAUCCAAAUUUUAUCAACAUUUCUCUUCUAAGCGAAAACUAUUUAAAUAGUAAGGUGUCUGGCAAAAUCAAGAAGGUGGCAAACACACAUCGAUAAGUUCUAAAAAGAUUGCUUCCGGGAUAUAGGAGCAAUUAAAAGAAUUAGAGAUUUUUACCCAACACCUACUCUCCAUUAUAUGUCUCAGAUCUGUCUGAAUUUUCUAAAAUGUCGAUAACAACGCGGCGCCAUUCAUCGUUAAAGAUCUGCUAUUUUGAAUAAAUGAAAUGUAUUUAGCUAAAAAAACCGCUGUUAAAAACUGAAUCCAUCAUCUGCUAUUUGGUCAUUUUAAAUUGAUGUAUUUUUUCUUAACUCUGUCAAUAAAAAUGCCUGGAUUACACUAACAGUUGUAAUAAAUUUCAUGAAAUGUUGCUGAAUUAAGUGUGAUGGUAAAAUUCAAUUUGUAAAAAUAAAAAGGCAAAUUUUGAAAGUCACAACAGUCAAAACUUGCUUUCCAUGGUAACGUCAAUCUUGAUGUAUACGUUACGACGACUUUAAAAUAUUCCUAAUAGUUCUAAAUUAAGUGGCCAAAGCCUCCUCUCCUGGGUCUGAACAGGGUUAAAGAGGCAAAGAGACGGUAUGUUGGUCGCUUGGACUACUGGCCUUUAGACCGAUAUCGCGUGUGCAACCAUAAUAAAGAGAGGAUAAAUUCUCUCUUGCCACAAUCCAAUGGGCGCACACGGCUUUCACUGUUAUGAUAUUACAUCUUAGAGAACGAUCCAAAGGCUAUUUUAAGCUUUUAUUUUUAAUGUUACAUAGGUAUUUAACUAAAAGGUACUUAUGAUGAACUUGGCUUUGAAGAUCGCUGUACUCUUAUUUUCUUGCAUCUCUAAUUUUUGGCCAUUUUUGACCUCAAUAGACAAGAUGACUUUCAUGGGAAAUUCUUCUUGGAAUUACACGAACUUGACCAAAUGUAAGUAAUAUUCGCCACUUCACGAGUAGAAAUGAGAAGAGCACUGUGAGACUAGAUAUAGAAACAGCUGCGAAAACAAUGGCGGAGAAAAAACCUUUGAAGGGAUUGGCAUCCCACCAGCGACAUCAGUCUUUAUUUCUAUAGAUAACACUGUGAAGUUUCUAAUCAACUAAUUCAACGACAUAUACUUUUUUUUCCAGCUGAUACAAUCCAAGGGAUUAUACCAGACGACGCAAUAACGGAAAACAUAAGAAUCAUGAUGACGUCACUAUAUGCGAUCUCUUUUCUUGCUGCACUUGUUGGAAACUCCCUUGGAGUGUACAUCAUAUGUUGGAAAUGUGGAACUAUCAAAGCAGCCACCAAUCUACUAAUAGCAAACCUUGCUUUUUCCAAUUUGCUCAUCACUUUAAUUGUCAUGCCCAUGUCCGUGACGUUCCUGUACAUCGGAUUCCGCUGGCAUUCGGGGAUUGCAGGAACCAUAACUUGCAAGUUCACCCAAUAUCUGUUCUUGUUUCCCAUCGCUGCAUCCAUCCUGACCAUAUUGGUGGUGUCUAUAGAUCGUUUCUUUGCUGUGUUCUACCCGUUGAAAGGGCAAGUUUUUCGUAGGCCCAAGACCAUGACAGCGUCGAUUUGGAUUUGUUCGGCGAUGCUCAUGAGUCCAGCCCUGGCAAUUUUCCAGGUGGUCUCUGAUGGCAAGGGAUCAUGGUCUUGUGUUCUCUACUUUGGCGAAAAUCAACAAAGGGCCGACACCCUUUUUAAAGUGUAUUACAGCCUCAUUUUUGUUGCGCUUUAUUUGUUGCCUCUACUUAUUAUUUCUGUUCUGUACUCGCUUGUUUGCUACAAACUUUACAUCCGAAGACUACCCGGGAACACAAGAGCCCAAACGUAUAAGGUUGCAGUGGAGAAGGCGAAACGCAAGGUUAUCAAAGUGCUUGUUAUGAUAGUGGCGGUGUUUGCGCUGUGCUGGUUUCCCGCUCAUGCGAUGCAUUAUCUAAUUGCAUUCGAUAGGGACUUUUAUUCUAAAAUUCCCUCUUAUCUUUUCCCCUUAUUUCUGUGGAUCUCUCACUCGAACAGUGCCAUCGACCCAUGUUUAUACAUACUACUAAGCCACAAUUUUCGUAGAGAGUUUCGCAAGGUUAUAAAUCAAUGUGGUCUUUAUAAGAAGAAGAAAAGUUUUCACAGGCGCCUCUCGAAAUUCUCAAUUAACUUAUCGAAAAGAAAUUGGGAUACGAGACGCGUAAGUUCUCGUAAGAGUGGUUUCAAUUUCUGGUCGUUCCGCAGAACUGAUCUGUACAAAGCGGAAUUGGACGAGGAAAGAAAUGGAAAAUACAAUAUUCAACAUUUGAACAGCGCUAACAAAAAACCAUUUGCAGAAGAACUUCUCAGAGCAGCGCCCUUGGGUGAUCAUGUUUUGUAG